GGCGGCUGGGGAGCGCUCCCUGGGAUGCAGCCUCCGAGGCUCCGGCUCCGGAGCCCUGACCCAGCCGGAGCGGCUGAGCUGCUCUGCAAGGAUCCCGGCCGGUUCAGCAGCGUUUUCACAAGGGCCACUGAAAAGUCAGGAAAGGUUUACAUCUGAUCCAACACGGAUUCCUACUCGCAACGUCCAAUAAUCUCCGGAAACAUCGCCACCAAACAAGUAUGAGGAUAUUAUUUCGGAGAAGCGAUUAACCCCCUACCGAAACAGAAGGCGCCAGAGGGGAAGGUGAGCCCGGGAGACCGGGAGGCCCUUUGGAGGACAGCGAUCUGGGGACCGGCUGGAGGCGGGGCUCAGACCCCGGGCUUCAGUACCGGAGGGGAUGGACAGCGUCUCCCGCCUGGGCUGCAGCCACCAGGACAGACGUGCGCGGCCGCGGGCCCUGCUGCUGUCCUUGCCUCCGGGGCUGCCUGCUCCUCGCUUCUAGAAGGCGGUGCCUCGUCCUAACCCCUCGUCCCCGCUCUCCUCCGUUACUAGAGGGGACAUAACGGUUCUUAUCCACCUGCUACCACGAGCCGCCGGGACUCGGAGGAGUGCUCUUGUUGCACAGACUCAACUCCCAGCAGCAACUUCAAAAAAUAAUUUUCCUGGGGGCCUGGGAGACAUGCAAACCGAGGAGUGAAGCCCAAGUUCUCAAAGGCGCCAGGAAGUCAUGGGCUCUGCAGUGAGGAUCGAGGUGCUCAAAGGCCCACACUUUUUGGAAUAAGCCAUGUUCACGAGAGGACACCCCUGUGUUUGGAUGUAGCUCCGUGAGAGGAGGUUCCAGAACUAUUCAGAAUCCCGCGUUAGAGAAACGAGCAGACAUCUGAUUCUUUCCCUGGGCAGACGAUUCUCCAGAAUGUUGUGAUUGCCAGAGGAGUGACUUCUGAUAAAAGCAAAAUACUGCUCUACCUACACUCAAUAAUUUGGUUAUGUACCUCAUAUCACGCGAACCCGAGUUAUAGUCUGCCUCCUCAGCACGGAUGAGUUUUCUCAGGCAGAGAGGAUGUUUGUGCACCCCCAGCCUCAGCAGAGUUCCAUGCACAUGACAGAGUCCUUUGCGGUGCCAUAGCACAUGGAUUUCAGGACUGCCUGUGAGGAGACAAAGACAGGGAUUUGUUUGCUGCAGGAUGGCAAUCAGGAGCCUUUCAAAGUCCGGCUGCACCUGGCCAAAGACAUUCUGAUGAUCCAGGAGCAGGAUGUGAUAUGUGUGUCUGGUGAGCCUUUCUAUUCCGGUGAAAGAACGGUGACCAUUAGAAGACAAACUGUAGGAGGAUUUGGAUUAAGCAUAAAGGGGGGAGCAGAACAUAACAUUCCAGUUGUCAUUUCAAAAAUCUCCAAGGAGCAAAGAGCAGAACUGUCAGGGCUGCUCUUCAUCGGGGAUGCCAUCCUACAGAUAAAUGGAAUCAAUGUGAGGAAAUGCAGACAUGAAGAAGUGGUUCAAGUUCUUAGGAAUGCUGGAGAAGAAGUGACCCUAACAGUGUCUUUUUUAAAGAGAGCACCUGCUUUCCUCAAACUCCCACUGAAUGAAGAUUGUGCGUGUGCACCAAGCGACCAGAGCAGUGGCACCUCCUCUCCGCUCUGUGACAGCGGUUUACAUCUCAACUAUCACCCCACUAACACGGACACGCUCUCAUGUUCUUCAUGGCCAACUUCUCCAGGCCUGAGAUGGGAGAAGCGGUGGUGUGACCUGAGGCUGCUCCCUCUACUUCAUUCCCGCUUCUCUCAGUAUGUGCCUGGGACAGAUGUGAGUCGGCAGAAUGCUUUCCAAGUCAUUGCUGUGGACGGGGUCUGCAGCGGGAUCAUCCAGUGCCUCUCCGCUGACGACUGCAUUGACUGGCUACAAGCAAUAGCAACUAAUAUUUCCAACCUCACAAAGCACAAUAUUAAAAAAAUCAACAGGAACUUCCCUGUAAACCAGCAGAUAGUCUACAUGGGUUGGUGUGAGGCCCGGGAGCAGGACCCCCUUCAGGAUUCGGUGUACUCGCCAAUAUUUCUAGCCUUGAGGGGCUCGUGUCUUUACAAGUUCCUGUCACCUCCAGUGACCACGUGGGAUUGGACCCGCGCAGAGAAAACAUUUUCCGUUUAUGAGAUCAUGUGCAAGAUUCUCAAGGACAGUGACCUCCUGGACCAGCGGAAGCACUGUUUCACUGUGCAGUCCGAGGCCGGGGAGGACCUCUACUUCUCCGUGGAGUCAGACUGUGACCUUGCCCAGUGGGAGCGAGCCUUCCAAACAGCCACGUUUCUGGAAGUGGAACGGAUCCAGUGCAAGACAUAUGCAUGUGUAUUAGAAAGUCAUCUGAUGGGACUCACGAUCGACUUUAGCACAGGAUUUAUCUGCUUUGAUGCUUCGACAAAGGCUGUACUUUGGAGGUAUAAGUUUUCUCAUCUUAAAGGCUCUUCAGAUGAUGGCAAGAGCAAAAUCAAAUUUUUGUUUCAGAAUCCAGAUACUAAACAGAUUGAAGCAAAGGAGCUCGAGUUCUCGAACCUGUUUGCUGUUCUGCACUGCAUUCACUCCUUCUUCGCGGCCAAAGUAGCUUGUCUGGACCCGCUCUUCUUGGGCCAUCAGGCUCCUGCCUCUGCCGCGGCCAGUUCCGCUACCGUGAGCAAAGCCAAGUACACGACCUGACGCCCUGAGCUGUGGGUUGCCGCUUCCCAGGACUCUAUACGUAGGUGAACAGCUUCAUCAUUGCAGACCUUGGAGAGACAAUAAUAUCCUCAAGUCAAAUGGAAAUUUCAUCAGGAAUA